AUGCUACAAUCCGCUAUAUUGUUGUGGUUAAGUAUAUUAACUUUAACUUCUUCAAAAGAAAUUUCAAAUAUUCAAUAUUCAAAUCUAGAGUACAGUGCAUUGUCGUCUGUACAUUAUCCAAAUGAAGGCUGGGACGCUAAGUUUGAUUUCUCUAUCCCAGAUUCGUCAUCUAUUAUCAAAGGGGACGAGUUCAGUAUAUCUAUGCCAUAUGUCUAUCGUAUUAAAUUCUCCGAUAAUAGCAAAUAUUACGAUGUCUCUUUAAAUGAUGGGACCAAGGCUUUCCAGUGUACGGCCUUGCAACAAGCAUCCUAUGACAAAGAAGCUUCAAUUUUAACUUGUACGGCUUCAACAGAUCUGUCGUCCUAUUCUUCAAUCUCAGGUUCUAUCGACAUUGGUUUAAGUUUCAGUAGUGGUGAUUCUGCAUACCAAUAUGAAUUAGCGAAUGCCGCCUACUUUAAAUCUGGUACUAUGGAUGUUCCAUUAAUGAAUGACUUAUCUGCCCCUAUAACAUUUGAUGCCGCUUCAUUUCCUCUUGGGUCUUAUUCUAUGGCUCGUUCCACAACUAAAGAUAGUCUAGAAAACUAUUAUUUAGCAAUGAAAUGUCCAAAUGGUUAUUUACUUGGAGGUACCGAAAAUAUUAAUUUUGAUACAAAUGGGUCAGGUCACGAUGUAGAUUGUUCGAGUGUUCAAGUUUAUAAAUCAAGUAAGUUCAACGAUUGGUUUUUCCCUGAAGAUUACGAAGAUGCAAGUGCGGAUGUUGUUUGUUAUGGUAGCAACUUGAUGAUCACAAUGGGCCAAGCCAGUCCAGGAGAGAUGUUGUGGGUUAAUGCACUACAAUCUCUCGAAGAAGGUGUUAAUACUAUAGACCAAUACAUUGAACUGACCUAUUCUUGUAGUGAUACUGUGGCUUCGACUAUUUAUACCACUGAGUACUCUGCGACCACUGAAUAUAUCAUUGUUGACGGUUAUAAUUCCGCCUCUGCCCUAGCAUCAUCUAAAACAAAUGCCUGCCACCACCACUACCACUACUACUGGUUGGACUGGUUCUUUUACUACUACCUACUCUACCGAUACUACAUUCACUAUUGGUACCGACAGUAUUUCCACUCCAGAGGUCAUCAUCCAUGUCGAAACACCAAGCACCAGCGUUGCCACCACUACUACCACUACUACUGGUUGGACUGGUUCUUUUACUACUACCUACUCUACCGACACUACAUUCACUAUUGGUACCGACAGUAUUUCCACUCCAGAGGUCAUCAUCCAUGUCGAAACACCAAGCACCAGCGUUGCCACCACUACUACCACUACUACUGGUUGGACUGGUCUUUUACUACUACCUACUCUACCGAUACUACAUUCACUAUUGGUACCGGCAGUAUUUCCACUCCAGAGGUCAUCAUCCAUGUCGAAACUCCAUCCCCUACGACUGUCUUUCCAAAUACUAUCAUCACCAAGACAUAUUCCAACACAACAACUUCUAUAUUGACAUCUUGUUCAGGCGGAUGUACAGAAACAGGGAAUACAGCUUCAUUUCCAUCUACUAAUACCGUUCAGUCAUUAUCAUUAUCAUCAACGACAUCCAGCAAUACUCCACCUUUGAAAGAAACUACUGUUGUCACUACCGUCUCUAACAUAACUCCAACUGAAAGUUCUCCAUCUAGCAGUCCGUUUAAUGAAACCACAACCAUCACAAGUGUACCAGUUGCCUCAAAUAGCAAAGUCACUACUUCAUCCCCAUCUUCUAUGUAUAUGUAUUCAUCCACAAUGUCUACUCCUACUUCAAAACCAUUGCAACCUUUCUCCUUGGAAGUCAGCACUCCGCUAACCAUUUCAGCGUUCGAAGGCUUAGCUUCUAGUUUACAAUCUAGUAGUUUGUUGACUAUGUUCGUCACCUUUAUUUCAUUCUUCUUAUUAUGA